AUGGAGGCGCCGCCGGGACCGGAGCCCAUGGAGCUCGACGCGCCCCCUCCCGCCGCCGCUGAAGCCGCGGCGUCGGUUCCCCCCGCCGGCAGCGAGAAGGUGAGCUCGUUGUGCCCAGAUCUGGGGCUGGGCUCGGAUCUACGGCGGUGGUCGCGGCUGGGCGCCGCCCGAUCUGCUGCCUCUGCGGGUGAUGUUGCUAAUGGUGAUGUGCGUGAUGGAGGAGGGGUUCGUGGAGGUGGACAUGAACGCCGGAGACGAGCCGGCGGCUUUCCCCAUCGUAAGGCCACCGUCGUGCAGGUCUCCAGCGUCUUCUUCGACACCUCUGCCACGAUCGAGAAAGCAAAGAAACUGAUAGCAGAGGCCGCCAAGCAGGGCGCGCAGCUGGUGGUGUUCCCGGAAGUCUUCGUCGGCGGUUUCCCCCAUGGCAGCGACUUCGGAGUCACCAUCGGCGGCCCCCCGCAGGCAAAGGGGGGAAAGGGGAAGGACCUCUUCUGCAAGUACUACGCCUCCUCCAUCGACGUCCCCGGUCCCGAGACGAACCGGCUGGCCUCGUUCGCCGCCGAGUACAGGGUGUACCUGGUGACGGGCGCGGUGGAGCGGCACGGGCGCACGCUGUACAACACGGUGCUCUUCUUCAGCCCGGCGGGGGAGCUGCUCGGGAAGCCCCGGAAGCCGUUCUGCCGCAGGAAGGACUACCCGCCCCCGCCCGAGUACGCCUUCACCGGGUUCGACGAGGAGCCUGCGCCGGACGACGACCUCUGCCGCGGGGGCAGCGUCAUCGUCUCGCCGUCCGGGGCCGUCCUCGCAGGACCAAAGUACGACGGCGAGGGACUCCUCACGGCCGAUCUAGAUUUCAGUGAAAUCGUUCGGGCCAAGUUCGACUUCGACGUCGUGGGGCACUCCUCGCGCCCCGAGGUGUUGACCUUGGUCGUCCAGGACCAGCCGCAGCUCCCAGUGGUCUACACUUCCGCUUCUCCAAAUUAA